GCCCCUUCCUCACAGAAAACCCUGUUUCCAACUCUGCCAUCUUCUCACCAACCCUUCUCCCUUCCUUGCAACAUUCGUAAUCACUUCACCAUUGUUAACUCUGAUAUCCAACGUUCAGAAAACUGAAGAAGCAGCCAUCAUGAUCUCUUUAACGAAAUGCUCAGCGUCAUCGCUCACUUGUUCUGCUUUCUCAACCAGAAAACUUCCCCUAGCAAGGCCUCAACUUCUCACAUUACCAACCGUUAACAACGUUGAACAAAGCAUAAGUCCCUCUCAGUUGUGCUCCCAGAAACCGCUGUACCUUUCAUCCACAGAGAACAUGGCAUUGGUGAAGAGAAAGAGGGUGACGGAGUGCCAGGCCUACGAGGCUGACAGGUCACGCCCCAUAGAGAUUAACAUUGAACUUCCGGGUGAAGAUGCUGCUCAGAGGGUGAAGAUUGGGGUGUAUUUUGCCACCUGGUGGGCUUUGAAUGUGGUCUUCAACAUCUACAACAAGAAGGUUUUGAAUGCUUUUCCUUACCCCUGGCUCACCUCCACUCUCUCCCUCGCCGCUGGUUCCCUCAUGAUGUUAAUCUCCUGGGCCACCAGAGUUGCUGAAGUCCCAAAAGUUAACUUCGAUUUCUGGAAGGCCUUGUUUCCCGUUGCGGUGGCGCACACAAUUGGGCAUGUUGCUGCAACUGUGAGCAUGUCCAAGGUUGCUGUCUCUUUCACUCACAUCAUCAAGAGUGGAGAGCCUGCUUUCAGUGUCCUGGUGUCAAGGUUCUUGCUUGGGGAAGCGUUCCCCAUGCCGGUUUAUCUGUCACUGAUGCCAAUCAUUGGUGGUUGUGCACUAGCUGCCGUGACUGAACUCAAUUUCAAUAUGAUUGGCUUCAUGGGGGCUAUGAUAUCCAAUUUGGCAUUUGUGUUCAGGAAUAUAUUCUCAAAGAAAGGAAUGAAGGGAAUGUCUGUUAGUGGAAUGAACUACUAUGCCUGUCUUUCCAUAAUGUCUCUGUUGAUCCUCACACCUUUUGCCAUUGCUGUGGAAGGCCCCAGGGUUUGGGCUGCAGGCUGGCAAUCAGCUAUGUCUCAGAUUGGUCCAAAUUUUGUGUGGUGGGUAGCUGCUCAGAGUGUCUUCUAUCACUUGUACAACCAAGUCUCUUAUAUGUCUCUGGAUCAGAUUUCUCCAUUGACAUUCAGCAUUGGAAACACAAUGAAGAGGAUUUCGGUCAUUGUCUCUUCUAUUCUUAUCUUUCACACCCCUGUUCAGCCCAUCAAUGCUCUUGGUGCUGCCAUUGCAAUUCUUGGCACUUUCCUCUAUUCACAGGCUAAACAGUGAGGCUGAAAUUUUGAAGCUGUAAUGUAACAAAAGGGAAGAAUGACUCAUGGUUGGAGCUCAAAGUGUCACUGAUGAGGAUAAUGGCAUUAUUAGCUAUUAAGUUAUGUCGUCAAUAGGAAUUAAGUUGCUUUCUUUUUGGGGUCAUAUCCGCAGAAUUUGUAAUCAUGUUUUGUGUAAAUGAGAUUUAGAAGGAUGGAGUGCUUACAUAUUGAGGCUAAAAGUAUAUGAAAAAAAUCUUCAAAAGAUCAUUGUAAAAUCACUUA